CGCCGCCCGUGCGCCCCGCCGUGCGACGUCACCUCCGGUCCUAAGUGUCAUGGCUGCCCUGAGAGGCUAGUGAGUGUGCAACCGUGGUGGGGACGGUGCAGAGCCCGCACGCGGAGGCCCAGCGAAGUCAAGUUACAGUUCGGCUGUGGAGGCGACAGCUUCUCAGGUCCCUCGGCCAUGGCAGCUUCCGGGAGCGGCAUGGCCCAGAAAACCUGGGAAUUGGCAAACAACAUGCAGGAAGCGCAGAGUAUCGAUGAGAUCUACAAAUAUGACAAGAAACAACAGCAAGAAAUCCUGGCGGCGAAACCCUGGACUAAGGAUCACCAUUACUUUAAAUACUGCAAAAUCUCAGCAUUGGCUCUACUGAAAAUGGUGAUGCAUGCCAGAUCAGGAGGCAACCUGGAAGUGAUGGGCUUGAUGCUUGGGAAAGUGGACGGUGAGACCAUGAUCAUCAUGGACAGUUUUGCUUUGCCUGUGGAGGGCACCGAAACCAGAGUAAAUGCUCAGGCUGCAGCCUAUGAGUAUAUGGCUGCGUACAUAGAAAAUGCCAAACAGGUUGGCCGCCUUGAAAAUGCAAUUGGCUGGUACCACAGCCACCCUGGUUAUGGCUGCUGGCUCUCUGGGAUUGACGUUAGUACACAGAUGCUUAACCAGCAGUUCCAGGAACCAUUCGUGGCAGUGGUGAUUGACCCAACCAGAACAAUAUCUGCAGGAAAAGUGAAUCUUGGCGCCUUUAGGACAUAUCCAAAGGGCUAUAAACCUCCUGAUGAAGGACCUUCUGAGUACCAGACUAUUCCACUUAAUAAAAUAGAAGAUUUUGGUGUGCACUGCAAACAAUAUUAUGCCUUAGAAGUUUCAUAUUUCAAAUCCUCUUUGGAUCGUAAACUACUCGAGCUUUUGUGGAAUAAAUACUGGGUGAAUACCCUGAGUUCCUCUAGCUUGCUUACGAAUGCAGACUACACCACUGGCCAGGUGUUUGAUUUGUCUGAGAAGUUAGAGCAGUCGGAAGCCCAACUGGGACGUGGGAGUUUCAUGUUGGGUUUAGAAACACAUGACCGAAAGUCAGAAGACAAGCUUGCCAAAGCUACUAGAGACAGCUGUAAAACUACCAUAGAAGCCAUCCAUGGAUUGAUGUCUCAGGUUAUUAAGGAUAAACUGUUUAAUCAAAUUAACGUCGCUUAGUUACCACUGAGUACUUUUUCCUGAAAGCUGGUAUGUGGAAGGAAAACAAGCUCAAGUGAUGCUUUUAACCCAGUUACCAAAACCCAGAUUAGAAGACUAAGGUGCUGUGUGGUGUUCUGCGUGUUAGCACUGUAAUAAAACUAUUACUGAAA